AGGUGGGUACCGGCGGCGGGGGGUGCCAGUAGCGGGGGCCGCGGCGGCAGGGCGGCCGUUCCCAUGGCGUGUGGGGAAUGCGACGCUCCGGCACCCACUCGGCACCCAGCGCGCAGGAGCUGCAGCCCCUUCCAGCACAGAGCCCUGGAGUGCAGAUAGCAGAGCCCAGCUGCAGGGUGCACCAUGAUCCCCGUGACAGAGCUGCGCUACUUCGCCGACACACAGCCUGCCUACCGCAUCCUGAAGCCCUGGUGGGAUGUCUUCACCGACUACAUCUCCAUCGUCAUGCUGAUGAUUGCCGUCUUCGGGGGCACGCUGCAGGUCACCCAGGACAAGAUGAUUUGCUUGCCCUGCAAGUGGGUGACCAAAGACUCCUGCAAUGACUCGGUCAGGGGCUGGGCAGCCCCGGAGCGCCCCUACCACAACUCCAGCCUGGCUGAGGCAAGGCCCACCGGGAUCCGCUACGACCUGGACCGGCACCAGUACAACUAUGUGGAUGCGGUGUGCUAUGAGAACCGCCUGCACUGGUUCGCCAAGUACUUCCCCUACCUGGUGCUGCUGCACACCCUCAUCUUCCUGGCAUGCAGCAACUUCUGGUUCAAGUUCCCACGGACCAGCUCCAAGCUGGAGCAUUUUGUGUCAAUCUUGCUCAAGUGCUUCGACUCCCCCUGGACAACAAGGGCCCUUUCCGAGACCGUGGUGGAGGAGAGCGACACCAAGCCAGCCUUUGGCAAGAUGAAUGGCUCCAUGGACAAGAAAUCCUCCACAGUCAGCGAGGACGUGGAAGCCACCGUGCCCAUGCUGCAGAGAACCAAGUCCCGCAUCGAGCAGGGCAUCGUGGACCGCUCGGAGACCGGUGUGCUGGACAAGAAGGAGGGCGAGCAGGCCAAGGCACUCUUCGAGAAGGUGAAGAAGUUCCGCACACACGUGGAGGAGGGGGACAUCGUGUACCGGCUCUACAUGCGGCAGACCAUCAUCAAGGUGAUCAAGUUCGUGCUGAUCAUCUGCUACACUGUCUACUACGUCAACAACAUCACCUUCGACGUGGACUGCAAGGUGGACAUCGAGAGCCUGACCGGCUACCGCAUGUACCGCUGCGCGCACCCCCUGGCCACGCUCUUCAAGAUCCUGGCCUCAUUCUACAUCAGCCUGGUGAUCUUCUACGGACUGAUCUGCAUGUACACACUGGGCUGGAUGCUGCGGCGCUCGCUCAAGAAGUACUCCUUCGAGUCCAUUCGCGAGGAGAGCAGCUACAGUGACAUCCCCGACGUGAAGAACGACUUUGCCUUCAUGCUGCACCUCAUCGACCAGUAUGACCCCCUCUACUCCAAGCGCUUCGCUGUCUUCCUCUCUGAGGUGAGUGAGAACAAACUGCGGCAGCUGAACCUCAACAAUGAGUGGACUCUGGAGAAGCUGCGCCAGAGGAUCACCAAGAACUCCCAGGACAAGCUGGAGCUGCAUCUCUUCAUGCUGAGUGGCAUCCCUGACACCGUCUUUGACCUCAUCGAGCUGGAGGUCCUGAAGCUGGAGCUCAUCCCCGACGUCACCAUCCCGCCAAGCAUUGCUCAGCUCACCAGCCUUAAGGAGCUGUGGCUCUAUCACACGGCUGCCAAAAUUGAGGCUCCAGCCCUUGCCUUCUUGAGGGAGAACUUGAAGUCUCUGCACAUCAAGUUCACGGACAUCAAGGAGAUUCCUCUCUGGAUUUACAGCCUGAAGACCCUAGAGGAGCUUCAUCUGACAGGGAACUUGAGUGCCGAGAACAACCGGUACAUUGUGAUCGACGGCCUGAGGGAGCUGAAGAGGCUGAAGGUGUUGAGGCUGAAGAGUAACCUCACCAAGCUGCCCCAGGUGGUGACAGACGUUGGUGUGCAUCUUCAGAAGCUCUCCAUCAACAAUGAGGGCACCAAGCUCAUUGUCCUCAACAGUCUUAAGAAAAUGGUCAACUUGACGGAGCUGGAGCUGAUCCGCUGUGACCUGGAGCGCAUCCCUCACUCCAUCUUCAGCCUCCACAACCUGCAGGAGAUAGACCUGAAGGACAACAACCUAAAGACCAUCGAGGAAAUCAUCAGCUUCCAGCACCUGCACCGCCUCACCUGCCUUAAGCUGUGGUACAACCACAUUGCCUACAUCCCCAUGCAGAUAGGCAACCUGACCAACCUGGAGCGUCUCUACCUGAACCGCAACAAGAUCGAGAAGAUCCCCACCCAGCUCUUCUACUGCCGCAAGCUUCGCUACCUGGACCUCAGCCACAACAACCUGACUGCCAUCCCCUCCGACGUCGGGCUGCUGCAGAACCUGCAGAACCUGGCUGUGACAGCCAACAGGAUCGAGAGUCUGCCCCCGGAGCUGUUCCAGUGUCGGAAGCUGAGGACUCUGCACCUGGGCAACAACGUGCUGCAGUCACUGCCGUCGCGCGUGGGGGAGCUGAGCAGCCUGGCACAGAUCGAGCUGCGCGGCAACCGCCUGGAGUGCCUGCCCGUGGAGCUGGGCGACUGCCCCCUGCUCAAGCGCAGCGGGCUGGUGGUGGAGGAGGACCUCUUCAACACCCUGCCCCUCGAGGUCAAGGAGCGGCUCUGGAGGGCAGACAAGGAGCAGGCCUGAAGCCCUGGGCCAAGAGCAGAGCCUCCAAGUAGCCAGAAGGAGCAAAAGGCCAUUCCAGACCCCCUCCCCCACAUCCUCCCCUCUGCCCCCUCCAUCACCACCAGCUGGCCAAGGAGGCCCCAGCCAGAUGCAACUUGAGAGGUGGCCUCAUGCCUCGGUGCAGGAUGGGGUAAGCCUGGGAGCAGGAUGAGGAGCAGGUUGGCUGGCCUGGGCCGAGGGCCAGGGGGACUCAGAGGUGCUGCUGUUCUCCUGAGGGGGGUGGUGCUGGUCAGAAGAGAAGGAUCUUGGAAUGGAGGUCCAAGUGAAGUGUGGGAACUGUUGUGAAGGGCCUGAGGACGUCCAGAGUUCUGCGAGCAGAGACCAGGGGACUCCUGCAGGCCUGCUGCCCCAGGCCCGCGCAGCUGGGUCCCCCAGAGCCGUCUGGGAGCCAGGCCGUGAGGUGGGACAGGACACAGCUGACUUCAGCUGGGUGCUGGUGCCAGGGGCUGGGGUGAAGCUCCCCUCGGACACCAGCUGCAGUGCAGGAGCUGCUUUCCUCUUUCUUUUUCUUUUUGCUGAUUGUCUCUUACCUUUGUACUCCAAAUCUUCUCCUCUGCGCCCGGAGAAGGAACCAGACCCCUCAAACUCUCUGCUCAUUUCAGAUUGCACUAUUUGACCAGUUACAGGUCCUGUGACAGCAUUACUCUCCAGCUGCUGUGCUGGAGGCACCAGCUGACAGCUCCAGAACUUUAGCUCUGCAGUAGGGGAUUUGGGGCUAGUUGGGGAGAGGCCUGGGCAGGAGGCAGCUGGGCUGUCUGAUUGCUCUCCUAGAAGACUGAGUUGCUUCAGGAUCUGGCUUUGAAAGUGUUUGAGCCACUCCAGUUCCUGGUGUGUUGCCAGCUGUCAGAACUGAGCACAAAGUGGGCAGUGCCUGGGGGCUGCUGGCAGUAGCUGAGGGGGCAGUUUGGUUCCCUUUGCACCUCUUGCACUCCCCCACAGAGCUAUUGGGUGCUUUGCCCAUGGCUGUCAUCAGAGCUGCUUGGUGGUUCUUUUCUGUUCUCCUUACUUUAACAGCUGUCGGUUCCUGUGGCACCUCUUGACCUAAGAGGCCAAUGCUGAUGAAAGUUGGUGCUGGAAAGGAAACCUGUCCUGAUUCUUCCCCUUUCCAUCCCUCCGUGUUAGGGAGCAGUGUGAGAAUGCUCUGCAGACUGAGCUGCUCAGACCCCUGGCAUGUAGCAGGCUUUAAUAAAACAGCUCUGAGCUGUUUGGUGUUGUCUGCCAGGCCCCAGCCCUCUGCCUGGGCAGAGGCGAAUCAUUCAUCACAGCUUCUGAUAAUCAACUCCUUGGGGUGGCCAAGGGGGCUCUGCCAUAUACCCCAAGCCUGCUCUCCUCCAUCAGAAUGAGGAGGAGGCUGAAGGACCUGCAGGUCCUGGCUCUGCAUCCAGCCAGAAGCUUGGCUGCAGGGGGGAGCAGCAAGCUGAGGAGGUUGGAGGCUUCCUGUAUGUACAGAAAGGGAAGCUGCAGCCAUCUCCAGAGCAGCUCCUGGCCAUCUGCCAGUGCAUGCCCUGGUUUGCCAGCCAUGCUGCUACCCUGGGUGCUGGUGUAGUCAGGCACUCUGGGGCUGUCUUCAUCAGCUGUAAGAUAUGGAACCUAUACACUAAAGAUGCUGAGCAGUGUUUCCUGGGCUCUGGAUGGUGAUGUUCAGAUGCUUCAAUAAAGCUACACUGAAACCCAA